AUGACAGUGGUAUUUGCCGAUUCAUGGCGUCCGCUCGUGACGUUCCCCGACUUCCAGCCAGUUGUUAAUCGCUACUUGGGACAAAAUCACGACUUGGGUGGAGCCUAUGCGUAUUUGCGUACCCAUUGGUGGGGGUUCUUGGAUGGCAAGGAAGAAGUAUAUGACCGGAAGAUGCGACAGGAUGUGCUCCGGGAUGGCAGGAUCAUCCGGAAGAAUGUGCCUCCUCGACGCGUAUGGGAUCUCCAUGCUAAUCGGGUGGUGCCGUACUGGGUCUUCAAGCGUGGGGAUGUGGAGGUCCUCAUGUGGGGGAUAUCACACGCAUGGAUGGAUGAGAAGGAUCGAGAGGACGUGUGGACGCCUAUCAACGGAUACGAGUGGCCGGUGCCCAUGCCGAAAGAUGCCGACCUUAAUCACAUUCGGAUCGAGAUGUUGAAUCUCGGAGCCGAGUAUGCAUGGCUAGAUGUUCUCUGUCUGAGGCAGAAGUAUGCUGUUAGAGAGGCUCACCGUGAGGAGGAUAUGCGCAAGGAACAUCUCCGCGUGGAAGAGUGGAAGCUGGACGUGCCCACCAUCGGAUACGUCUAUGAUAGCGGUGCACCUGUGGUAUGUUACCUCUGCGGACUGGGUCGGCCGCUGAGUUUGACAUCUGGAUACUUCGAGAGUGAUCGGUGUUGGUUCAAACGCGCCUGGACGCUUCAGGAGAUCAACCCCGGGUGUAGGGUGAUCAUUGGUGGCGACACCGGAAAUGACAUCAUCCGAAUGGAGUUCCAGGUACUACUGAGAUCACUGGUGGUGGACUCAGUAGAGGACACCCUCGCAGAGAUGCAGAGACGGCUGUCAACAAAUUCUAUGGACAAAGUUGCAGGCUUAGUAUACCGUCUCAACACGCGGUAUAUCCCAAUAUAUGAUUCAGGGCAAUCGGAAGAGAGCGCAUGGGAAGACCUUGUGCAGGCCAUGGAGUAUUCGACUCGGAUAAGGUUGUUCUACUGCUACCCUGAGCCUGGCGACGGAAACGCGUAUUGGUAUCCAUCAUGGACGCAAGUAAGGAACGCGGAAUUCAUAUCAUUCGAAGAUGAUAAAUGGUCAGCGGAGGUUUUCCGGACAGAGCGAGAGGAUGGUCAGGAGCCGGGUACUGACUGGCAUGAGGGACCCUUUAUCAAUUCAGCCACUGUGCGGGGCUUGGCCGACUCUUCAAACAAUGAAAAACGUCGAGAAGGAGAACUGGUUGUCAAAGAUGAUGAGGGGGCACCCCACAAAUUCAAGAUUGCGGCUGAUCACCACUACUCAAUACCUGAUGAUGACUCAUACACGCUCCUAGGAACAGGCGAUGCCUGGUAUACUUGGAGUUAUUUUUGGGUGGUCGGAAAGCGAAGACCGGAUGGAAUGUUUGAGAAAUUGUCGGUGCUUGAGGUGGCGGACAAGGAUGACGUAUAUAAGCUUUGGAAACUCGGAAUUAUUCAAGGUCCUACUAAAACAUUCCUUUGCUGA